AUGGAAAAUGAAAGGUUUUACAUUAAAUAUCUGGACUACCAGCCAGUGGAAAUCGAAACCCACUUCAAUGGAGAACUAGAGAGAAGAAGGCCACUGACUGACGUUGCUGACCUGGUUGCAGCCAUCGUUGUUGAACCAACUAGAAGACUUGCUGGUAUCCCAGAGGACUAUGGGCCACUCACUCUCCACUCUGCUGUUGAUGAACCUGCUAUUCCUGGGAAUACUCUCCUGACCUCCAUUCAGCAACCUACUGGUUCCUACGACCAUCCACUGAUUAUUCGCUCUCUAAGCGAUACUAUCACUAUGGACGAGCAUAUGGUUUGUUCUCUUCCUGAACCGGUGUAUGACAAUCCUGUAUCAAGACCCAACACCUCUGGCAGAAUUUGGAAGAAGCCGACACAUGUUUUCCUGUGGUCUGAUUUUAAGCAAAGCGUUGUUGAUUGGAUUGGUGCUAAUCAUCAUCAGCAUUCUCAAAGAGUACAAAAACCUGUGUUUGUUCCCAGAGUUAUCACCGAAGAAGUUCAAAGUCUUCAACCCUUUAUCAAGCUCAAUUUGCUCAAUAUCUCUGCCAAGUGUUUCAUUCCUCCUUCUGAAUUCAAGGCACGACGUCAAAUCACAAGCUGCGUAGGGGAACCAGAUCAUUUAAUGACUAGAAAUGGAGAGAUUGUCGCUAUUGUUGAAGAAAAGGGCAAUUGGGCUUUGUCUAUCAGUGAUAUCGUCAACUCAUACGACACAGAAAGGACACGUGCGUCUGCUCUUGACCAACUCUACCACUAUAUGCGAUUGAACCACAGACAAUAUGGGAUUCUGUCGUCAUACGAAAACACCUGGUUUGUUUAUCGAAAUCAAGGAUGUGCCGUUUGUGAAGAACCUCAAGUUCAUGAAACUUUGUAUGUUUCCGAGGGAAUCUCCUUUCUUGUUCAUUAA